AUGGCGCGCCCGGCGCCCGGCGAGGUGCGCAUGAGCCAGGCCGUCCAGCCCGCGCACGCCAACCAGCGCGGCGAGCUGAGCGCCGGCCAGCUGCUCAAGUGGAUCGACGCCACCGCCUGCCUGGCAGCUGAAAAACAUGCUGGGGUUUCCUGCGUUACAGCCUCUGUGGAUGAUAUACGAUUUGAGGAGACAGCUAGAGUUGGACAAGUGAUAACCAUCAAAGCGAAAGUUACCAGAGCGUUCAGCACAAGCAUGGAGAUCAGCAUCAAGGUGAUAGUACAGGACAUGCUCACUGGUAUUGAGAAACUUGUUAGUGUGGCUUUCUCUACAUUUGUAGCCAAACCAGUUGGAAAAGAGAAGAUUCAUUUAAAACCAGUCACACUUCUGACUGAGCAAGAUCAUGUGGAACAUAAUCUGGCUUCAGAGAGAAGGAAAGUUCGAUUACAUCAUGAAGAUACCUUUACAAAUUUGAUGAAAGAAAAUAGGGAAUUUGAUGAUCCCAUUUGUGAUGAAGAGGAAGGAAUGGUUUCUACAAGCAGCACUGCCGUUCAGAGCAUUGAACUUGUCCUCCCACCCCAUGCAAACCAUCAUGGAAAUACAUUUGGUGGCCAAAUUAUGGCUUGGAUGGAGACUGUGGCCACUAUUUCUGCAAGCCGCCUCUGUCGGGCACACCCACUUCUGAAGUCUGUGGAUAUGUUUAAGUUCCGGGGACCAUCUGCUGUUGGAGAUCGGCUUGUUUUCAAUGCCAUUGUCAACAAUACAUUUCAGACCUGUGUCGAAGUGGGAGUGCGCGUGGAAGCCUUUGACUGUCAGGAGUGGUCUAAGGGCCAAGGCCGUCACAUCAACAGUGCUUUUCUCAUUUAUAAUGCUGUCGAUGAUAAGGAAGAACUGGUCACAUUUCCCAGAAUCAAGCCCAUAUCAAAGGACGAUUUUAGACGGUAUCGUGGAGCUAUUGCACGCAAGAGAAUUCGCUUAGGCAGAAAAUAUGUUACUUCCCACAAAGAAGAAGUGCCAGUUUGUGUACAAUGGGACAUAAACAACCAGGUAUCCCUGAGUAACGCCAAUGUGGAGGCUCUCAAAAACCUGGCAGCCAAGAGUGGUUGGGAGGUCACCAGUGCUGUGGAAAAGAUAAAAAUAUAUACCCUGGAAGAGCAUGACCUUUUAUCUAUUUGGGUUGAAAAGCAGGUGGAAAGACCAGCACACCUGACUUAUCAUCUCUUGUCUGACUUUACCAAGAGACCUUUGUGGGACCCCCAUUUUGUGUCCUGUGAAGUCAUAAACUGGGUGAGUGAAGGUGAUCAGAUAUAUUAUAUCACUUGUCCUAUAGUGAAUGGUGACAAACCCAAAGACCUGGUAGUACUUGUAUCACGAAGAAGACCUCUCAAAAAUGGAAGCACUUACACGGUGGCAGUGAAGUCGGUUCUUCUGCCAUCAGUUCCCCCUCGUCCACACUACAUCAGAAGUGAAAUCAUAUGUGCUGGAUUUCUCAUCCGUGCUAUUGACAGCAGUUCCUGUACCGUAUCAUACUUCAACCAGAUUUCUGCUAGUAUCUCUCCUUACUUUGCUGGAAAUCUUGGUGGCUGGUCAAAAUCCAUAGAAGAGACAGCAGCGUCUUGUAUACAGUUCAUAGAGAAUGCUACUGAUGAUGGACUGACAAACAGAUUUUAAAUGAGUUCAUCAUUACAGAGUCAAUGAAUUCCAAGAAUCUGUAAACAGUAAGACUUAUGAAGCAUCAGUUUUAAAUGCACGAGAUUCCACCUGUGAAAUUAUACAACAUCUGCUUGUCAGUCUUGUCAUUUGGGAAGUGGCAAUCCUCCCAGGAGGGAGAAUUCAAAUUCCACUUCCAUCAUUUCAGUCUCCCUGCCUCUAAUGUAGCAAAGUUGGUCUUCUUCUAGGCAAAAUCAUAAACAAGAACUCUUGGUUUUCAAACUUAAAUGUUCGGGUAGGAAGUAAGAAUGGGCAGACUUCUUGGGUAGUACUGUGACUAUCUGAAAUAAAA